GUUCGCCACCAAAAAAACAAAGAUUACAUAAAGAUAAACAUAUAAAAUCUUAUAUGAAUAUAGAUGAAUCUGACCAAGAAGAUCAAGAAUCAAAUUCAGAUAUAGGAACUGCCAAUGAUAACAUAAUAAAAUCAAG